UGCGCAUAUAACUCAAGCACUACGGUAAGGGCUCGGCAUAUUUGACGUCAUGGUUUGUAUUUGUAAAACCUCCCGGGUCCAAAUCUGAGUCAAGAAGAAUACUUACACCAGCGUAACCAACUCCGAUGGGGAUGCUUGGCAAAGUGUAUCAUUGGCGUUUAGUUACUUAACAUAGCCUAUCCUUAGACCCACGGGCAAGCAGAAACAGAAGACAACGCUUGACACACCGGAUACUGCUCGAAUACACUUGUUGCAAUCCCGUCAUUUUAACAGAAAGGCAUGGCUCAGGCCAAUAUUUCGGUGACGGAAAGUCAGUUUAGAUGUCCAAUAUGCUUGGAUAUAUUAAACGACCCCGUGUCUAUACCGUGUGGUCACACGUAUUGCAUGCUGUGCAUGAAUAGUUACUGGGAUCAAGCGGUGUCAGGCCCUUAUAGCUGCCCUCAGUGUCGAGAGACAUUCAGCCCGCGACCAGUUUUGCGCAGGAACACCGUACUCGCAGAAGUGGUGGAGAAACUGAAGCUCACCGACGCGCUGAGCUCCACCGCACCCGAGCUCUAUCGCGGAGUGGGCGACGUUCCUUGUGACUUCUGUUCUAUCGACGGCAAACUCAAAGCCGUAAAGUCGUGUUUGGCAUGCUUAGCCUCGUAUUGCGAGCUACACGUCGCCCCACACCGGGAAGUGGGGACCCUCCGGCGGCACAAGUUGGUGGCCGCGAUCGAUAACCUCCCUGACAGGCUAUGUGCUCAACACAGGCUUGGCUUGGAGGGCGGCGGCCCGGAUACCGAGGCGUCGGAAUGGAGCGGGGACUGCCUGCUGUGCGAGUCGGACCAGGAAGAGUUGCAUCAUGUAGACACACAGAGAGCCAGGAGGCAGGCCCAGCUGCAGGACUCUCAGAGGACAGUGCAGUUGCGGAUUCGGAGUGGAGAGCGGGAGCUGGAGGAGUGCCAACAGACCUUUGAGUCCCUCAAGUGUUCGGCGGGGGCUGUGCGCGAGGAGAGCGAGGUCCUGUUCGGAGAGCUGGCGCAGCGCAUGGAGAAGGCGGGCCAGGAGGUGCGGGCGCGGCUGGAGGCGCGGGAGCGGGCGGUGCUGGGCCGGGUGGAGCACAGCGGCGAGGAGCUGCGCUGCGAGCUGGACGAGCUGCGCCGCCGCGAGCAGGAAAUGAGCCAACUGCUGCUGAGCGAGGACAACGCCCACUUCCUGCAGGCGGCUCCCCUGCUCUGCAUCCUCCCGGCCAGUGGGAGGCGCCCUCGAGCAGCAGGCGUCCCCACAGAGUGCUUCAGGGCCACGCGCCGGGCCCUGUGCCACCUGCGCUCCCGCAUGGAGGAGUUGUGCGGCGAGGAGGUGGACAAAAUCAGCCGCGCAGUAAACGACAGCGCCGCUCAUCCCGUCUCUGCAGAAAGUCAGAAAGCAUGGUCUCCUGGUGCAUCCCACAAUAAAAACACAGACAGGCAAUCACAAUCAGUGUCAGUGCCUAUAGCCUUUCCGGUCUCCAUCUUGGCUCUCCAGCCCUCAGAUCAGCGCAUGAGGUCGACCUUCCUGAGGUAUGCCUGCCGUCUGACCCUUGACCCUGACACAGCCCACCCCACCCUGUUCCUUAUGGACGGCCCUCAGGGUGCCCACUGCGGCGAGGAGCCCCAGGCGUACCCCCUGCACCCUCUGCGCUUCGACAGCGUGGCCCAGGUCCUGUGCAAGGAGGGCCAGUUUGGCGGCGCCAGCUACUGGGAGGUGGAGUGGCAGGGUGGCGGCUGGGUGGACGUCGGGGUCACCUACCGGGCCGUGGGACGCAAAGGGGGCGGAAAGCCCUGCCUGCUGGGCCGCAACGACAACUCGUGGCGCCUGCGCUGCACGCACGCCGGCUACGCCGCCUGGCACGACAACCGCAAGAUCACGGUGGCCGCCGAGCCCAGCCCGCGCAUCGGCGUCUUCCUGGACCGGCACAAGGGCGAGCUGUCGUUCUACCGGCUGGCCAACACCGUGGAGCUGCUGCACAUGUUCCGAUGCCCCUUCUCCCAGCCGCUGUAUCCGGCCUUCAGGCUGGACCUGGACUCCACUCUCCUCAUCUGCCCGCUGGAGAGGGGCAACGGAGACUCCUCCACCACCUGACCAAGCCCUUCCCCCAUCCCUAGACCAAGUUCCCACCAUCCAUAUCUCCUGUAGUGUCCCAAUCCAAACCCAGACUGCGCCUUUGCCCCUAUAAGCAGUCAACAUGACCAAAAUCUCCUCAAAAACGGUUUCACGAAAGGGGCGACAGUGGUUCAGGAGGUGAUCUCCUGAUGUGCAGGAUGGCACCUUGCAUGGUAUCCUCCACCGAUAGUGUGUGAGUGGGUAGAUGUCUGAGGCAUUAACCUGUAAAGUGCUUUGAGUGCUCUAAUGAGUAGAAAAGUGCUAUAUAAAUGCAUUACACAUAAAUGCAUUCACUUCAUUGUCUGGCAAAGCAGCAGGGGUUCAAUUCAACAGAUACACAUGACUCUCUUACACCUGGUGUGAAUACAAAAGGAUUACAUUUCACCGAUGAAAUAUGGAUACCUUGUCAUGUCACUCAUGAAAGAUUAACGAAUGGAUGAUAUGUCACCCCCACAAACGAACCUAAUAAUGGGUCGGUCAGGGUCCACACAUCAGAGGUUCACCAUACACCAGAGGACCCCCUGUGUGCCGGCUCAACUCUUUUUCCAUACUGCUAAUUGUGUCUACACCCGACCACAAAGAGGGCUUUUGACUUUGACUUUGGGGAUUGGGGCAGGGGGGGUGCCUGGAACUGUGGCGCCAUUGUCACUGUGAGGUUUUGGGUCUCUGUGUAGGUAAAGGUGACAUGCUCAGGUGACUUCUCCUAAGUGUAGCCACGCCAUUAAUGCGCUCACUUUCGCUCCACAACAACAACAACAACAACAGCAGCCUCCCAGCACUACACGGAGCCAUCUGUCACACAGCGGGAAGCUAUCACAAAGAUCUACCGAUAACUAAUUACUGGUCUUCAGUUACCUAUGCACUACACCCCUUAUCUAUUAUUGCUGUGCCUACUGUAGUAACUUUAGCGUAGGAGCGAGCGCAUGGAGAGAAAGACUUCAUAAUACAUUUGAAUUUUGGCAAAAGCUGCAGUAAAGCAAUCUAUACACAUGGUGGCGAGGGAGAAAUAGGUAAAAACGAAUCCAAACAAAACAGCCAAAUGUAAAAUGAAGAAUAAUAAAUAUGAAGUAACUAGUAAUAAUCUAUGACAUAUGAAAGUCUUUAUGUUCAGGUCCUUAUGGCCAUUACUCGGGACGACCACCUUCUCCAUCCAUAUCUGGCAGUUCCUACCAUCAGACACCUAUUUGUAACCAUAACAUACCAUGAAAGCCUUUCAGAUCCCACAGAAAUCCAUUAAAACAGUUCAUUGUUUUCAGAAUCGGUCAACACUAAUUACCCAACAGUUAAAGGACUUUGAAACCUUUGUAGCAUGUCCUGUUGUGGUGGUCUUUUGUACAUACUUUUAUGUUCCCCAUAUUCCGCCUUUUGACUAUAUAGCAGUUUACCAAAUGUGUUGGGUAAGUAUCUGAUUUGUAUUCGUUUAUUUAUUAGGAGCAAUGCUAAGUGAAAUGGGUGGGUUGGACUCUCUCACUCAAAAGAACAGCAUUUCUACUGCCCCAAAUAGCCGUCAGGAGAAACUGCAGAGAACAGGCUGAGGCUGAGGCUGCUCGCACCAUGUUUACACACCAGCGUGGGCCAUAGUUAGAUUUGCUCACAUGACCAUGUACUGCUUUUGCUAGUUUCUUUCUGUUGCGAACUUUUUUUAUGAUAUUAUUUAUAUCCUCACUGUCAGAGCUAGUGGCCUUAAAUGAAAGAAUGGUCCUCAAAUGUGGGCCAUUCUUCUGGCAAAAUGCAAGAGCAGUUACUGGGGUAGGCUACUUGUAUUGCCUGGAAUGUGUUCUUUGUUUUUCUCACGUUUACUUUAAUCUCAUUGUUGUGUUUGUGACUUUGGCUGUGUACAAUUGUGUAGUAGGCUAAGUUCACAUUGUGUCCGUAUUAAUUGUGCCUAAUACAUUUUU